AUGUUCUCCAGCAUGACCGCCUCAUUUGUUGGUGCCAAUUCCACCGAGACUCCCUGUGAUCGUCGCUGUCUGGCAAAUUCUCUGGUUCAGAAAGAACUGUUCAGUGCACCACAGAGUGAUAACUGUACCAUCAUAGUGAACAUCACUUCAAUACAGUACGAGACAUUGUCUUUCGAUACAAAAGACAUGAAAAUGACCAGCCGUAUCAAGGUAAACAUGCUGUGGAACGAUCCUGAUCUUGGAUGGAUGCAAGAGAAAUAUAAAUAUCCAACAAUUCUUUUGCCAGUUGAUAAAAUCUGGAUUCCUCGGAUAGUUUUGGACAAUGCAAUAGAAACGACCAUGGAGCCGUACACUAAUGAUGUACAGGUGCGGCGGGAUGGAACUGUGGUCCAUUCGGUUGUUUUGUUCACGAUGGUGAGCUGUGAAAUCAACCUCUUUAACUACCCCUUUGUGAUGGGGUCGUGCCCUGUGGCCAUCAAUGGAUGGAGCCAGAAAACUUGCGCGCUCACUCUCCAGAUCGCUGAUAAUGUGACUUUGGUUGGCGGCAGUCGAGGAGAGUGGCACACUAGGGGCGUGAUCAAAACUGUGGAUUCAUCCAAUCAUGUUUAUCUCCAAGUCGCUCUCUCGAUUAACCCCUUCGGGGCUGUUGUAACCCUGAUCCUGCCCAGUGGACUGGUACUGCUGGCUGACCUGGUGAGCUUUGCUCUGCCAUUUGAAGGGGGAGAACGCAACUCUUUUAAGGUCACCUUGGUCCUUAGCUUCACCAUGUUCCUCCUCAUCCUCAAUGAACACUUGCCUAGCAGUGGCAACUGUAGCCCCCUCCUCCAUUACCACUUCAGCUUCUGUCUGGUGUGUUUGGUCAUGAGUACGCUGGCUUCCAUAGUGCUAACACGUCUGUCUAUAGACGACAGCUUCUUACUGUGCAGACGCUCUGCCAAACCACAACAUGACAGCCUGGAUCAGGAGAAAGAUGCAGGUGUGAUUGCAACCCAGUCUGGUAAUCUGGCUUCAGAGAUGGCUUCGCUCCAGAAAAUAGUGAAAUUUUUGCAGAACAUUGAUAAAGGAGAAAAGGAGGCGCGUAGUAAAGUGGCAUUUGCUUACCUCCUAGACAAAUUCUGCUUUGGCUUUUUUAUAAUCAUCUACAUAAUUUAUGCCAUAAUUCUUAUUAGUAUCACCCGAGCAGACAUUUGUAAGGUUAAUAAUCUAGACUUCUGGGAUGAUUCCCACCAUAAAGAUGACAACUUUGACUACUCAUACACAUAA